CUGGGCGGAUGAGGUCACUCUUUGUGGCGGCUGCUGUUGGCAAGAUGGCGCCGGUGCUGGCGGAGAAGAAGCUGAUGGGGCCGGACGCGCCCGUCCCGGGCGAGUUCCCCAGCGAGGAGGAGGAAGGCCAGAGCCUCUGGCAUUCAAUACUAAGUGAAGUUUCUACUCGGUCGAGAUCUAAAUUACCCUCUGGGAAAAAUAUUCUUGUUUUUGGUGAUGAUGGUUCGGGCAAAACAACACUAAUGACUAAAAUACAAGGAGCAGAACACGGCAAGAAAGGACGAGGCCUGGAAUACCUGUACCUGAAUGUUCACGAUGAGGACCGAGAUGAUCAGACCCGCUGUAACGUCUGGAUUCUUGACGGGGACUUGUACCACAAAGGACUCUUAAAGUUUGCCGUUUCGUCGGAAUCGUUGCAAGAGACCGUGGUUAUCUUCGUGGCAGACAUGUCGAGACCGUGGACUAUUAUGGAGUCUUUACAAAAAUGGGCCAGCGUCAUGCGGGAACAUAUCGAUAAGCUGAAAAUUGCCCCUGAGGAGAUGAGAGAUAUGGAACAGAAAUUUUUGAAGGCGUUUCAGGAGUAUGUGGAGCCUGAGGACGGCUAUCAGGGAUCGCCGCAGAGAAGAGGCCCGUCUGGCCAAGAUGAAGAAGAUGUUACUUUACCACUUGGGGCCAAUGUCCUGACCUACAACCUUGGAAUUCCAGUGAUAGUUGUGUGCACAAAGUGUGAUGCAAUGAGCAUACUAGAAAAGGAACAUGACUACAGAGAAGAACAGUUUGACUUUAUUCAGUCCCACAUUCGCAGAUUCUGCUUACAGUAUGGUGCAGCCUUGAUUUAUACUUCAGUUAAGGAGGAAAAGAACCUUGACUUGUUGUAUAAGUACAUUGUACAUAAAACAUACAGCUUUCACUUUACCACACCUGCCUUAGUGGUCGAAAAGGACGCAGUUUUCAUACCUGCCGGCUGGGACAAUGAAAAGAAAAUUGCCAUUCUGCACGAAAACUUUACCACAGUGAAACCCGAAGAUGCGUACGAAGACUUCAUUGUAAAACCGCCAGUAAGAAAGUUGGUGCAUGAUAAAGAGCUUGCAGCAGAAGAUGAACAAGUCUUUCUUAUGAAGCAGCAGUCUUACCUUUCCAAGCAGCCAGCUACACCUACAAGGGCUUCUGAAUCUCCUGCAAGAGGGCCUUCUGGAUCACCGAGACCCCAGGGCAGACCUUGUCCUGCUACCGUACCCAGUGCCUCACCAAUAGCAUCAGUGAAGAAACCAGAUCCAACUAUUAAAAAUAAUGCUGCCAGUGAAGGAGUCCUGGCCAGCUUCUUCAACAGUCUAUUGAGUAAAAAAACUGGCUCUCCUGGGAGUCCUGGAGCAGGAGGCGUGCAAAAUACAGCCAAAAAAUCAGGGCAGAAAACGGUUUUGACGAAUGUUCAAGAAGAGCUGGAUAGAAUGACUCGCAAGCCAGACUCGAUGGUAACGACCAACUCCUCUCCGACAGAGAACGAAGCUUGAUAUUGCUUAAACCUGCAUAUGUAAAUGACCAAAUAACUAUAUACGUUGAUCUGAUAAGACCAGGAGCUCUCUGCUGUGGCAGAUGCUAAAGUUUUCUUGGGGCAGAGAGAAAGGAAAUUUAACCUUCAUUGUCCCAGUAUCAAGUGCACAUUCAGGAAGAUUUGCAUAUAAAUUUCCUCCGUUUUAAGAUAACCAUUUUAGAGUUUCAGUAGGGCAAUUCUCUUGAUUUUGGGGGUGGCGAACCAGGGACAGCAGCAGUUCUUACAGGAAGAGCACAGAGACAUGAGUUGUGGAACCCCAGCUGAAAUGGCACGAAGGAAGAAAUGAAGUCCCCUUUCCCCGAAUUUGCUGGAGUUGGCCACUGGCGACGUACUUGGAGAGAACGUGGUAUGGAGGACUGUUGAUUAGAUGAAGAGUGUCUAAAAUGCUGCAUUGAAAAGGAGAAAUGCGAUGGCAGAUGCAAACAGCAAGAUGCAACCAGCAAGUUGGACAGGCCGGAGGCAACGAAACCAGUGUCAACAAAUCCUGUGUUUUAAUAAAUAGAUCAUAUAAUCACUGUUUAAAAACAAAAAAGCCUUCACAUUUGGAGAGUGCUUGAGGCUUAAACAUCAUGGGAAUUUAUCGUGAUAUAAAUGGCAUUUUUUUUUUAGUUUUAACAAGGAGCUGCGUUUAAAGAAAUAGGUGGGUGCCCCUUUUUUGUCUUAGUUGACACAGGGAGAAUCUUCCUUAGACCAAGUGCCUGGCACAGGGUGAGACGUGUCUUUAGGAGGUGCCUGAAUCACUUGUGCACUGUAGUACAAAGAGCCUCCGGGUGACUUUGUUUAAAAACAUGGUAAUUUUGGACAGUUGUGUUUAAUUUUAAAACCCUAUUUUUUUUCCCCUGAUAGCUUCUGCCUUGUGUAUGUAUGUAUUUUUUUUCUCUAAAUACCAACCACCUUUGCUAGGACUAACGAGUGAUCUAUCAAUUGCAACGAUUUUCUUCGUAGUUAAACUUCAGAACGGUAAAAAAAACCAAACCAGAAUUCUACCUUAAGGUUUUUAAAACCGGUGGUGGUUUCUGGUAGAUUUCCAAGUCUCUCGUUCCAGUAAACAAUAGAAAUGUGUAGGUUUCCAUCAAUAAAACAGAGUGCUUAAUGGGUUCAUGACAUCUGUCUUUCCCUUUCAAUGUAGGCUUUUCAGUCUAGAAGAAAGAUUCAUGAUUAUUCCCCGUUGCUAUUUGGAUCGGUGCCACUGGGAACAGUGGUUCUAUGGAGGAUUCCCACGGUUACUGAAAUGGCACUGAGUUUCUAUAUGGAGUAAUUGACAGAGAAACACUACCUUAUAUUAUAUUAUCAAACGUGUUUGUAUUCAACAUACUGAAGGGAAAAAUACCCCACUGUAUGAAUUAUGCAGAGUUUACUUUUAUUGAUAACGGAUUUGUGUGUAAUGCAAGAUCUUAUUUCUGGCUAGAACACCCCUAAUAUUUAUAUAAAUAUAAAUAUAUAUAUAUAUAUAUAGUUAAACAUUGCCGAACAGAUUGACCACUAACACAGUACUGGAUGUAAUUGCAACCCUGUGUUCCUUAAAGAGGUCGUGUCACCUUGUGUUUGAGUCUGUCUAACACUAUCGAGAAAGCUAAGGGUAUUUACUUGCAUUAACGCAAAAGCAUGUUUACAUGUGCCAGUUAUUUUAUUUUUUUUACAUUUUUAUAUGUUUUGGAGUCUCACUUAUAUCCACAGUUGCCUAGAUUUUUAAACUGAAAAGUUGUGGCCGGACGGUCUGGUUUACGGUUCUGCUGCCUCUUUGGAUACGACAUACAAAGUGUUGGAUUCAGGUUAAAACUGUAGCCUUGUUACCUCCUCAGCCAAUGAAAUUUACAUCCCGUCUUCAUGAUGCUAAGCUGUGGUGCGCUGUUGUUGCAGUUGCAGUUAGUCUGGCACAGAGACUCUGUCCGUGCCACGUGGAAGCCACGUAGCAAGGUGUCUCAUGCUGGGAUGGUUUGAUUCAUGUGAGAUUUGAGCGGGGGGAGCACGGCCACUCUACUGCUGCAACCAGAUGCCAAAACAGCUACUUUGCUUGCAAAAGUUUCAACCUCUGCAUCUCACAUAGCUAGUGUUGGGGAAGGCCCUUCUCUGCCUGAGACCCGGGAGAGCUAUUGCCACUCAGAGUAGACUAUUGUGAACUAGACGGACCAGUGGCAGCUUCAAACCUACAUAUGUACCAUAUAUGUAUACUACCUUGUCAUGACUGCCGAAUGCAUAUGGCGACUGAGGGCUGACUUUGGCUUUGUGGGAGGUACCUUUCAGUUUGGGAAACGAAAUCUGAGAAGCGAUAAGAGCAGGUUGUUUCUUGACGGUAUGCAGUUGAGAUGCGAGCCUCACUCCACAACUGCGUGUUUUCUUAUAUUAUUUUUGUCAUUAAAGCAGAUACGCACUUUGUAUACAAGUGGCUACUGAAGGGUUUUUUUAAAAAAAUAAAAUGAACGUUAGAUCUACAAAUGAGCGAAAGCCAGCAAUUUUACCACUUGCCAGUUGUUCAAAAGAGUACUUGGACCCAACAAGAGGUUUGAUAGAAAAGAAUCCUAUUUCCUUGUUGCAAGUGAAUGCUCCUAGUUUUUCAGAGGGAGGAAACUGCAAGUAAUGUGUGUGUUGGUUGCCAAAGUCUAGCAACUUUGGAAAGCUGCACAGUUAAUUUUGUUCCUGGUGUUCUCAAGCAUUGGAACCAAAGGCCAAACUGCAAAACAGCCUUUAUGGGUUUUUUUAAUCCAAUUAACUUUAUUUUCAGGAUUACAUUUGUAUGGUAGACUGUUAAAAUCAUUAAAUGGGUAUAUUUAUACUUGCAGUAUAGUGGUUGCAUCUACUGUUCAUGUUUAAACUAAAGUAAUAAUCUAUUCAACUUGAAGGCAAAUAUAAAGAAUUACGGAUUGGCCCUCUGUCAAAAUGCUAUGGUUAUGCUGCUUAUUUUUUUCUUUUUUUUAAAGUUUGCACUUUUUUAUUGGCAUUUUAAAAAUUUGUUUAAACUGAACAGAACUUGUUGUAUUUUAUUUAAUUUAAUGACAUUGAAAGUGACUGAACUUAACCAUAUCUAUGCUGUAAAUGAAAAAAAAAAGUUCACUCCACUCUUACUAAGUUUAUUGAUGUUUUUAACUUCCAACAAAGACUGCAGAUAUAUCCACCACAGCCCUUAGUCCAGUUGUAUGGCUUUAACCAGGUGCAGUCCAUGUGGAAUAUUGCUUUCUAGUGCUGGCAAAAAAUGAGGACAUGUCUUUAAUUAAUGGCUUCAAUAAACACAAACCAAGACUG